AUGCCUCCCCGAAUACAAAACCAGCUGGUCUCGGGCUCUCUCCUCCCUUACCUCUCCUCCUCUACUUCCUCGUCCUCUUCAACCUCUUCCACAUGUAUCUCCAAGCUCUCACAAUCAUGCUCCUCUCGUCCCUUUUCCUCCUCGCCCGCCGCUCAGACCAGACUGCGGAAUGAGAUGUUCGCGUGGAUCAAUGGCGAAGGUGCUGCACUGAAACAACACACGCCAGGGCGGACGAAUUACAUUACCCGCCUCAAGAGCAACGCCGGCAAUCGGCCCUUUCCUCUGAACCCUAAUUUCGUCAGUGAGCCCAUACUCGGCGAGGAGCUGCGCAAUGAGAUCCACCGGCGGGUUGUGGACAGAAAGCAGAGUGUGCGUGCCGUCAGUGUUGACCUUGGGGUGGAUAUGCGGCGAGUAGCAGCCGUUGUUCGGUUAGUAGAAUUAGAAAGGCGAUGGACACAACAGGGGAAGUCGCUAGCAUUGCCAUACGCUCGUGCAGUCCACGAGAUGGUCCCAGUCACAAACAUCCGCAAUGACCUGGACGCUCGACCCCACGAGUCAAUCAACGAUCUCCCCGUCCACCGCCUCACCGAUCCCCAGAUCUUCUACCCCGUCUCCGAGUCCCGGCAAUUCACCCGUGUUGACGCCGGUCGCGUGUUCUCCGCCGCACCCGCCCUGCCACACAGGGAAGUCGAGCGCGACGCGGCCUCCCCGGACGAGGCCAUCAGCAAGAUCACGAAGGACCCAUCCCACAUCGAGCGCGUCGGCAAGGGCGACGACGAGCAGCAGGUCCUCCAGCCUGCGGAUGUGCGCAUCCCGCACCCGCACCUGGUUGCCCACGAGCGCCAGAUGCGGUCGAAACCCAACGAGUUCCGCGAGAACAUGAAGCUUUACCGCGAGCGGCUCCAGCAGGAGGCGGAGACCGAGCAGGAACGCAAGAGACUCGCCAAGGAGCGCGCCGAGCAGCGGCUCGUCCGCGUGCAGCCUGAGUCCUCGCGGUUCGAGUUCCGCAUCAAGGAUGUCGUUGUCAGUCGCGAGACGACGGGCACGGAUGGUCGUGGUGCCCUGGCGCCCGGCCGGAGAUACGGUGUGCCUACAUACGAUCGCAAGAAGGGACAGAUCAAGAUCCCUACUCGCGUGGAGGUCUAA